AUGGCAUCGGUUCCUCCCGCUCCAGCUCUCCCCAAGCCCACCACACAGAACGACUCGGCCAAGCGUCGACGCGCAUCACGGGCGUGUUUGGCGUGCCGGGCCCGUAAGGUCCGUUGCGACGUCAUCGUCAGUGGCAAGCCGUGCACCAACUGCCGGCUCGACUUCAGUGAAUGUGUCGUGCAAUUGAGGCGCAAGAACAGGUGCAGAACAAUUGUCGUCCCGUCCGACAAUCACUGGCCCAUCGAGCAGGCUAGCGACAGCGACAAUGAUGGCGUUCCGAAGCACCCAACCCCGACCGCGCAGCUUGCCUCCUCGACGAAACCACCACCCACACAACUAGCCGAUGCCCGCGAACACGAGGCCAAUGCACCGCCUCCAUUUGAUUGGAAUGAUCCUCUUGCCGCCGUGCUGCUGACUGCGGAGCCAGCAGCCACUACACAGUCCCGCCCAUCCGUCUCAGAGCCUGCGUCGACCGAAUCGGUGUCGCUUACCGCGGCGGGGUCAAGCGACAGCGGCUUGAGGGACCACGGGCUGGGUGGCGACAACGACUUGGACGAGCUCGACUUGUUUCUCAAUAUGGACGAUGGAGAGGAACAACAGACAACGAAAACAGAAGAUGCGGUGCUGACUUUGGCCCAGCCGCUGGGCGAAGACGAGCCCAUGUCCUAUGAGCUCCUCAGUCACACUGUGGAUAACUUCUCGCUCUAUGGCGGUGGGAUCGACGGCACAACCCACGACAACUCGGACUACGGCUGUUCCAGCUCUGAGGCCUGGCAGCAGAUGCACUUCCCCUUGUCGCCACCGCUGCUCAAAACGGGCAACGCCAACCUGGCGUCCAUGUCGUUUGCAUCUGCGAUGGGCGUGGGCAGUGCUGGCUUGGGGCUGGAUUUUGAUAUGCCUACAGACACUGGUGCUCUUCCACCCCGACUGACAAAGAUCCGCACAAGGGAACACACGCCAGAACGUACAUCUCCGCCGCCGUCUGCGGAAAAAGCGGCAUCAGCACCGGCCACGACCGGUUUGUCGACAGGCCUGUCGACGGCUGUCGUGGCACAGCCAAGCACCGCCAACAACGGCCCUGCAUUUGUUAUUUUCUCGCGGUAUCCCUUCCUCUCUUCCAAGACACUCUGGAAGCUCGACCACGAGGAUGAUGCCCUCCUCCUCGAGCAAAGAGGCUGUCUGCACGUCCCCAAGAAGCCCAUCUUAGACGAGCUCAUGAAGAAAUAUUUCCUGCACGUGCAUCCCCUGGUGCCGCUGCUCAACGAAAACGACUUUUGGUCUAUCUACAACAGCCCUACUCCGCAGUCCACUCCGUUCGGCCAGAUAUCCCUUUUUGUCUUCCAGGCCAUGCUCUUCAGUGUGACGCCGUUUGUAUCCCAGUCCACUCUAUCGCAACUCGGCUUUUCAUCCGCCCCUGAGGCUCGUGCAAACUUCUACCGCCGGGCCAAGACCCUCUUCUACCUCGAGGAGGGCCGUGACGAUGUUUGCACGGCCCAGGGAGCUCUCAUGCUGACAUACUACGCACCCAACAUGAAGGACCGCACCAACUGCUUCUGGAUGAGCACCGCCAUCCACUUUGCCCGCAAUGCCAACGCCCACCGCUACUACGAUCUCGAGGUCCCCAAGAACACGGUCAAGAUGAGCACGAAGCCGAACAUAACCUACCAGCGCCGCACCAUCCUCAAACGGCUGUGGUGGUUCUGCGUUGUGCGUGACAAAGUCAUGGCCCUCGGCAUGCGGCGGCCCAUGCUGAUUGGCGCCGCCGACUUUGACAUGUCGCGCCCGGGGUUGAAUGUGCAAGAUGCCGGCGACGAGAUUGAUGGAUUGUCCGUCUAUUCGCCGGCCACCAAACGUGUUUUCAGCCAAGUUUUCGCUGCGUUGUGUCGGCUGUCAGGUGUCUUGACAGGCGCUCUCGAUUUGUGCUAUCCAGCGAGCGGCACGCCGCCUCGCUCCGACCGCCCGCCGGCUGCCGUCGCCCAGGACUACGUGUCCAAGCUGGACGCAUGGUACGAGGCUGCGGCUGCCAAGUUUCAGGGUGCCCUGGCGCGCAUCGGCAGCAACGUCGACGGCCAGCUGGUCCUGGUCACCAACGCCUCGUACAUCUACUACUACAUUGCGCGUGCCUCUGUCUACAAUUACCUGUCCCACGUGCUGGCCACACACCCCGAGGCCGCCGCAAGUAGCAUCAGCACAUAUGGCAGCCCGCCCGCCAAGGUCGACGAGUCCUUCCGCGGUGUGACGAAGAGCCUUGCCGAGCUUAAACGGAGAGACCUGGUCCGCUACCUGCCAAAUACAUUCGUCUCCAUGGCGAUACUGCCCUUCAAAUGGCACGUGGCUAGUGUACGUAUGACGGGCGGCAAGUUGUCGGGCAAUGAGACUGACCUUACCAUCUACUACGCGGUCUUCAAGGGCUUUGGUGAGCUGUAUGAGAUGACAGACAGCGCACUCAAGAGCGUGGGGACCAUUCAAACAUGA